AUGUCAGUGCGUCCGAUGGUUCGCUUAGUAACAUUUUUUCCUAUAUUAUACUGUAUUCUCGGUACCUCUUUACAGGACUGUUCAUGGAACGUUUGUCAUCCAAUUGCCUCUGAAAACGACGUCAUAACAGUUCACUUAAUUGCUCAUACUCAUGACGAUCUGGGCUGGAUUAAAACCGUUGAUCAAUACUACUAUGGAGCACGUCCCGAUUUGGUACCUGUUGGUGUUCAGUACAUUUACAACACAGUAAUCGAAGAAUUGCUAAAAAAUCCCGACAGAAGAUUCUCAUUCGCUGAAACGGGAUUUUUGUGGAGGUGGUAUACUAGCAAUGGGCACUCAGAAAAACACCAAUUGCAGAAACUAGUCAAAAACGGUCAAAUUGAGUUAAUUGGCGGAGGGUGGGUUCAAAAUGAUGAGGCUACAUCACACUAUGUUGAUAUUAUUGACCAAAUGACUCUUGGAUUGCAGAGAUUGUAUCAGCUAUUUGGUGAAUGCGGAAAACCUAAAGUGGGAUGGCAAAUCGAUCCAUUUGGGCAUUCACGGGAAAUGGCUAAUAUUUAUUCUCAGAUGGGUUACGAUGCAAUUUACUUUGCCAGAAUGCACUAUCUCGAAAAAAAAUUGCGCUUAAAAAAUAGGACGUUAGAGUUUAUUUGGGAUUCUUCAAACUAUCAAAACUCAAAAAUUUUUACCGGCGCCUUUUUUCAAGACAAUUAUGGGCCACCAGACGGAUUUUGUUGGGAUACACUUUGCGGAGACGAUCCUAUCAUGGAUAUUCCAAAUUUGGAGGAAUAUAAUGUUGAUGAAAAAGUUGACGCAUUUGUUGAGCAUGUUCGCAAACAGGCCGCUGUUCAAGAAACCAACCAGAUCAUGCUUUUAAUGGGUAGUGACUUCCAAUACACAAAUGCUAACACAUGGUAUAUCAACCUUGACAAACUCAUAAAACAUGUGAACGCCAGAACUGCAAAAAAAGUGAAGGUGAUCUAUUCGACACCAUCUUGUUAUACCCAAGCAGUUUUAAGCCAGAAACCUCAUUUAAGUAUUAAACGCGAUGACUUAUAUCCGUAUGCGUCUGGAAAUCAUUCCUAUUGGACCGGGUUCUUUACGAGUCGUCCAACAUUUAAAGGGAUGAUUCGUGAGGCAAGCGCUUUGCUUCAGCUCGGAAAACAGAUGGAUAUGAUUGCAAAUUUGGGACCAGAAGAUGAUUCGGACAUAGAUGUUCUGCGUGAAGCUUCCGCACUCACUCAACAUCAUGAUGCUGUCACAGGAACCGCCAAGGAGAAUGUGACACGGGAUUACGAAAAACAGCUAGCUGAAGGAAUGCAUCAAAUCCAGGUUGUUAUGAACGAAUACCUCAAGAAAUUAAGUCCAGGUGCUUUGGAUGCAAAUGUGGUUCUCUGCCCACUGAUAAAUGAGACCAUUUGCAAUGAAAUGAAGAAUGUAAAAAAUGCCGUCAUUGUUCUCUUCAACUCCAAUACGAGAACAUACAAAGGAGUAGUUAGAAUUCCAUAUUACGAGAACUCAGUUGUCGUUACCAAUGUAAAUGGAAGCAAGAUUGACCACGAGCUUGUCCCGACUUUCAAAACUGGACAAUUAAAGAAUCCAAACAGGGCGCCAUAUGAAAUUCAUGUAUUUGUCAAUGUUCCGCCAGUAGGGUACACUACAAUAUUUGCUCGUUCUGACAUUCCUAGUAGUCGGCAAAUAGUAGCCGCAGAGACAACAUUCGGUUUCGAUAAGCCAUUUUCGAUUGAAAAUGAAUUUAUACGUCUUUCUUUCGAUGCAGAUGGAUUUUUGAAUAGAUACACUGAUAAAUCUACAUUGCAGUCCAAUGCUUUUCGCCAGGCAUUUUUUUACUACGAAGGCACAGAUUCAAAUGAUACCCAGCCAUCGGGGGCUUAUAUUUUCCGCCCGAAAUCCCAAAAACCUAAAAUGUUUGAUAGUUUAGACUCCGUCCAAAUCAUUGAGACAAGCUUGGUGUCGGAAGUACGCCAAAUUUUUAGUGCCUAUAUUUCACAAACUAUUAGACUUUCAAGAAAUGCCGAUUAUGUCGAAUUUGAAUGGAUUGUUGGUCCAAUUCCAAAAGAAGAAAAGAACUUCGUUUCGAAAGAAGUUGUUACACGCUAUAUAACUGAACUAAAGACCGAUGAUUACUUCUAUACUGAUUCGAAUGGCCGUCAGGCAAUGAAACGAAGAUUUCGUUCGGCAUCCUCAUUCGAAUACGAAGACACAGAACCUGUUGCUGGUAAUUAUUAUCCAAUUACUAGUUUUGCUUACAUGAAAUGGGAGAAAGUACAAUUUUCAUUGGUGACUGACAGAUCUCAAGGAUGCACAUCGAAUAAUGGAGAGAUGGAAAUUAUGCUUCAUCGUCGCUGCUUUUAUGACGAUCAUUUUGGAGUUGAAGAAGCUUUGGAUGAACCUGGAAUUGAUGGUAAAGGUUUAGUAGCCAUGGGAAAACAUCGUGUCUUUUUCUCAGACGUUAAGAAUGGACCAUCACGCACAAGAGUGAUUGCUGCAGAUACUUUUCAUAAGCCAGUUCUCGCUUUCGCGACAUCCAGGAACCCAACAAAGUUUAAAUAUGCUAGAAACCUUGAGUACUCUGGAAUUGUUUCCGAGUUUCCGCCAUCCAUCCAUUUGCUCACUCUUGAAAAAUGGGCAAAGAAUAAUAAUGGCCUUAUACGCUUCGAGAACUUGUUGUAUGACGAUGAUGAAGUGAUGCUGGAUUUUGAACGCGACGUGAAAGAGCUAUUCAAAAGUUUCAAAAUUGUCGAUUAUCACGAGCUAUUGCUCGGCGCAAAUCGCAACGCGUCAACAAAUGAGACACAUCGCAAUGGCGCAAUGAGGCCUGGCGAAAUUCGCACUUUCGCUAUAACAAUUGAGAGAUAUUGA